ACAAGACAUUUAAACUAUUGGCUCUCUCGUAAAUAAUUCAAACAUCGAUGCCAUUUUCCAGCCACUUAAUCCCCUUCCAGUGAAGCCCCACGCAUACUUGCUCACCGGAUAGCCCAAAAGAAAAACCAAUCCAAACAUCUUCUUCAUGGCGUGUCCUCCGCUUUUGCAGUCCACAGCGUCGUCGUUUCACGGCCAAUCCCCUUUCCUUUCACCUCCAUUCUCCGUGCGUCUGCCGUACGGUAACCUCAGAAAUGGAUACGGCGGAGUCGUUUCGGUGAAGGCAACGGCCGACGUUGUGUUGGUGGAGAAAUCCGACGCGGAAAAAUCCAAUCGUCUCAAAACUACUUACCUAGAAAAAAUUAUUCCUUUGCUUAAAGAAGAGUUAAAUUACACCAAUAUUCACCAGGUUCCCAAGAUUGAGAAAAUAGUGGUAAAUUGUGGGAUUGGAGAUGCUGCCCAGAAUGCGAAAGGUUUGGAAGCGGCAAUGAAUGAGAUGGCAAUGAUUACGGGGCAAAGGCCUGUGAAGACUCGAGCUAGGAAUUCUAUUGCUACUUUCAAGAUUCGGGAAGGUCAGCCGCUUGGAAUUGCCGUCACGCUUAGGGGAAAUGUUAUGUAUUCGUUCCUAGAUCGGCUCAUUAACUUGGGGCUUCCUAGGACCAGGGAUUUCCAAGGCCUAAAUCCUAAUAGUUUUGAUGGACAUGGAAAUUACAGUAUUGGAAUUCGUGAACAGAGCGUGUUCCCAGAGAUCAGGUUUGAUGCACUUGGUAGACCCAGAGGAAUGGAUGUUUGCAUCACAACAACAGCCAAGUCUGAUAAGGAAGGCCAGAAGCUAUUGGCCCUCAUGGGCAUGCCUUUCAGAGAAGGUGGUGGUCCUUCAGUCCAACCACGCAAGAAGAAGCUGAAGGCUCACCACUUUGAGAAAAAGAGUGGCAGGGGCCGGAGAUGAGAGCAUUUUCCCUGCUUAAGGGCAAAGGAUCUCUGUACCAUUUUGUUGUAUAAUUACAUCAUUUUCGGAACAUAUGCCCUAGAGAAUGAUGUUAAAUGCAUCAGUUUCAGUCGCGAUUCAAUUCUGUAUUUGUAAACUCUGAAUCCAACGUAAAAGAAAAUCAAUCUGCUUCUUUAUUUCUCAA